AUGGCUGUAUUGAAGCGGUUGUUCGCUGCGGCGCUUUGCUUGAGCUCAACGCUCGUGCAGGCUGAUCUCGUUGGUCUGCCUACUGUACCCUUUACUGCUUCGAAGGGAAACCAAUCGCUAGACUUGACUCGCAUUCAAAGCAUCAUCGUCGACAGCAGAUACGCCCAGACCAAAGACGACAACGGCUGGACACUCAUCCCACCGACCCUUAACGAAUUCGUACAGACAUUCGCUCAAGACCAUAACAAGCUCUAUGGAAGAUACUUAGGCGUACAGUCUGGCAGCCGAAGCGUGCCGGAGUCGAUCUUCUUGACGAUUGGGAAUAAUAGCGAGUUCAAGGAUGUGGCGGGGAGGUGGACUUCGGAGGCUUAUAAGAUUGAGGUGAAGAAUGAUAGGAUUGUGGUUGCUGGAGCGAGUCCUUUGGGGGUUUGGUGGGGAACGAGGACGAUUCUGCAGCAGGCGAGUUUGAAUGGAGCCAAGAUUGCUGUGGGCAGCGGUGUUGAUAGUCCGGGAUGGAACACGCGAGGUGUCUUCCUCGACGCCGGCCGCCACUACUACCCACCCUCGUUCCUCAUCGAAAUGUGCAGCUGGAUGUCCUACUGGAAGCAAAACACCUUCCACGUGCACCUCUCCGACAACCUCUACAACAACGUCGACAUCUACUCCUACGAGCGCCAAAUGGAACUCUACGCCGCCUUCCGCCCAUGGUCCGACGAUCCCGCCCUCGCGGGCCUGAACAAACGCCGCAACGAGUCCUACACGCGAGAGCAGUUCGAUGAGAUUCAGCAGAGCUGUGCGGCGAGGGGCGUUACGAUUAUUCCGGAGAUUGAGGCGCCGGGGCAUGCGCUUGUGAUUACGCAGUGGAAGCCCGAGUUGGCGAUUGAGACGAGUCGGGAUUUGCUGAAUAUUUCGUAUCCGGAGACGAUUCCGCAGAUGGAGACGAUUUGGAAGACGAUGUUGCCUUGGUUUCAUAGUAAGGUUGUGCAUAUUGGUGCGGAUGAAUAUGUUGAUGCUGCUUUGACGAAGAACGCUCUGGUUGCUGAGUACAACCGCUUUGUCAUUGCUCUCGAUGAAUAUAUCAAGCAGGAGUCUGGGAAGAGCAUUCGUAUAUGGGGCACUUUCCCGCCGAUGAGCAACUACACGAACAACAUCAGCAAGGAUGUCACAGUGCAACAUUGGGAGUUCUUCGAGGACAAUCCGUACUUUGAUUACAUCAAAAAGGGAUACAACGUGAUCAACUCAGACGACCAAUUCUACAUCGUCCAGAAGUACUCGACGAGCUACCCCCAAGAACUUAACAAGACCCGCAUCUUCCACGGUAACCCAGAUGGCUCAGCAUGGUCUCCAAACAUCUUCGAUCAGACCAAUGCCACCAACAAUCCUCCACGAGACUCGCCUUACGUUGUUGGACACAUCGCCGCGCAGUGGAACGACUACGGACCGAAUACUUCCACUUAUCUAGAGGCAUACAAUCCGUUCAGAUACUACCUACCAGCGCUCGCUGAUAAGCAGUGGGGCGGAAAGAUCACAGAAGAGCAGUACGACUCGAUCUAUCCGACCCUGCAAGCUGCGGCCCCUGCUCAGAAUCUCGACCGAACUGUACGCUCAAAGUCCUCGACGAUCCUAAGCUACAAGUUUGGAGCCGGCCAUCAGCCUCAGCCAUAUGGACAGGGAUGGGGAGGGGGCCACCACGGACACCCGGGCAACGGCAUCAGAGAUCUCUCCGGGAACAACUACAACGCCAACACGUCUUGCAGCAUCGCGAACGGCGCCCUCAAAUUCACAAAUGGCUGCGCAGUAACCACACCUCUCACAUCCAAGGGUAACGACUAUACCCUUUCCUUCACCCUCAAACAAACCUCCCAAACGCCCGGCCCCCUCUUCACAGGCCCAGACAGCGAGCUCCGCUCAGGAAACGGCUCCUCCUCCCAAAUCAUGCUCGUCUCCGCCGGAAACGCCUUCGCUCUGAACUACAGCCUCCCCGUCGGACAAUGGGUCGACGCCAGCCUGAUCGGCCGCGGCAACCAGACGUUCUUCUCCGUCAACAACGGCACCGAAAUGGAAUUCCUCACCAAAGUCGGCGUCAACGGCGAGAGCUUCGCCUGGGUGCGGAUGGCCGUGGUCGCGCCUUUGAAGACGAUUGGGGGUGGGAGUUGGGAGGGGAAGAUGGGGAGCGUGACGUUGGUUGAUCAUGCAUGA